UCUCUCUCUCUCUCUCUCUCUCUCUCUCUCUCUCACCCACGCAUGCACACUCACCUCUUUUUGACUGUGCCCCUCUCUCUAAUGUGUGACGUCCUGAAAUUUCGGCUUCCUUCGCUUUGCUCUGACGAGGACACUGGAAUGUACAACAAUCACAUGAAGGACACAAACAACAACUACAACAAGUCUCUCCUCGAUGACCACAAGGGGAAGCUGAUUCAGGCUAUUAAGAAGAUUAAACAUGAAAUCGAUGAGUGCAAUGAAGCUGAGAAAGACACCUAUGCGGAGGCCAUGGAUGUGGAGAGUCAGUUUGAGGACAUGGAGCGGGAAAUCCAGGCAGAGUUCCAGAAUCUUCAUCGCUUCCUGGAUGAGGAGGAGGAGAGGGACCUGGAGCGGCUAAGACGGGAGCGAGACAGACGAUUGAAGGUGCUAAAGGAGAGGGAGAAGAAGAUCGCCAUGCAGGGCCGUGACCUGGAGAGGGCCAUCGAGACGCUGAACUGCAAGCUAAAGGAAGAGGACAGCCCCAAACUUCUGAAGGAAAUUAAAGAUCUGCUGAAAAGAUGUGAGGUGAAUUUUAUCCGCCCGCCUCCAGUGGACAGUGACAUUUGCUCAGGCCAGUUUGUGGGACCCAUUCAGUAUAGGAUCUGGAAACAUAUGAAGACGUCUCUGUAUCCAAACAUAUCCAUGGUGACCUUUGACCCUGAGACAGCGCACCCACUGCUUACCGUCACUGCUGGUGACACGACAGUGCACUUUGAGGAGGAGAAGCAGGUGGAGGAGGUGGAGAAUAACCCAAAGCGCUUCCACUACUACUACUGCUUGAUGGGCCGGGAGGGUUUCAGUCACGGCCGCCAUUACUGGGAGGUGGACGUGCGGGGGAAGACGGCGUGGAGGGUGGGCGUGGCCAGAGAGGACAUACCCCGUGGCGAGAUGGACUCGUCCUCCGAGGCCAACGGCUUCUGGACGCUGGCUCUCAAGAACGGCUCUAUCCUGGCCUGCACCAAUCCUAAGCCCACGCUGGUCCGAUCCGCCACCAUGCCUACCCGUAUCGGGGUGUUCCUGGACUGUGACAGGGAGGAGGUGCCCCCUGCUGGUGCCCGUCUUCCCAUUUUUCAACCCCUGUGA